UCCACGAUGGUCUGGACAGCACAUUCUUAAAUUUAACUAAUCCAAUCUCUUUCCCACGUCUUGACCAUGUUCACUUCUCAACGAUCAUACACGAAUGUGCAUAUAUAAGCGCUUUUUGGCAAGGAAAUUGCAGAACUAAACAAACAAUGGGGAAAGAAAAUGAGAAAGUUGUGCUUUUGGAUUUCUGGGCAAGUCCUUACGCCAUGAGGACGAAGAUUGCCUUGAGAGAGAAAGGAGUCGAGUUCGAGACUCAACAAGAAGACUUGUGGAACAAGAGUGAGCUCUUGCUGAAAUCAAACCCUGUUCACAAGAAAGUCCCUGUCCUUAUCCAUGGCGGCAAACCCGUCUCUGAAUCUCUCGUUCAGGUUCAGUACAUCGACGAGACGUGGACUGAUGCUGCUUCUUUCUUGCCCUCUGAUCCUCAAGCCAGAGCCAAUGCAAGGUUCUGGGCUGAUUUCGCCGAGAAAACGAUAUCGUUUGAAGGAGGAAGAAAGAUUUGGGGAAACAACAAAGGAGAAGAACAAGAGAAAGGCAAGAAGGUGUUUCUUGACAGCUUGAAGGUUCUUGAAGCUGAGCUUGGAGACAAGCCUUACUUUGGAGGAGAGACAUUUGGUUAUGUUGACAUCGCUCUUGUCCCAUUCUACAGUUGGUUCUAUUCACUCGAGAAAUGUGGUGAUUUUUCUGUGGAAGCUGAGUGUCCUAAGAUCGUGGCUUGGGGAAAGAGAUGUGUUGAACGCGACAGUGUUGCUGCUUCGUUGCCUGAAUCUGAGAUAGUGUAUCAGCAAGUGCUUAAGCUCAGACAGAUUUUCGGUGUUGAAUAAAUGCGAAAAUUGCAUUCUGAACAUCUUUGAAUCUUGUCUUUUUAAGUUUCCGUGUUGCAAGUGUUUAUUGUUGUUCUUUUGAGAAAUAAACUGGCUGUCUUUUUUUUCUGGUUUAUGAUCCAUCUGUUCGAUCAUAAUGUUUUUAUCUUUAUUAGUUUUUGUGACACCCGUCACCUCCUAUCUGGAGGACAACGUGUCACUCCCGACGCGUCAUCAUACAACAAUGUGGCACCCGUCUCCUUCUCACUAAGGACGACGGGCCACCAACAAUAUCCCGUAAUAUAAAAGUCCAUAAACCCAA